UAGACAUGGAGAUCGUACACCAGAUGUUGUAUAUCCCAAGUUUCCUUAUACAAGCAAAGAUUAUCUUCCACCAGGAGUGGGAGGAUUGACAAAUGAUGGGAAAGCCAGAGCCUUUGAACUUGGGCAAAUGUUACGAAAAAGAUACGGCCAUUUUUUGGGAUCCACUUACAUACCAGAUGAUGUUUAUGCGCGCAGUACAGAUUAUGAUAGAACGAAAAUGACGUUACAACUUGUACUUGCUGGAUUGUAUCCUCCAAAUGCUCUUCAACAAUGGAAAUAUGACCUAAACUGGCAACCAAUUCCUGCACACUAUGUUCCCGAACCGCAAGAUGAGUUAUUCCAAAGAAUAUACAUAUGUGAUUCACAUAUUAAGGAACAGGAGAGAGUAAAGAAGAUGCCACAUAUUACUCAAAGUCUGGCCAGAUUCGACGUAAUUAAGAAAGAAAUGACAUAUUUGACCGGGUGGAAUAUGACUGACAUAUUCGAUCUUUACACGCUUUAUUGUAAUAUUAUAUGCUUAGACUCCAUGCAUUGGAAAGUACCAGAUUGGUCCAGAAGUGCCAUGCCCGUUCUCGAAGAUUCAACAUUAGAAAGUUUUAAAAUCAUGAAUUACAAUGAGGUCCUCAGAAGACAAAACGGAGGAGCACUCGUACGUAAGAUUUCUGAAGAAAUGUCAGCUGUUAGAAAUGUCACUGUUGAAAAAAAGCGUAAAAUAUUUUUGUAUAGUAGUCAUGAUAUUAAUGUCUAUGCAGUUCUUGCUGCUCUUAAAGUAGUAAAGCCCCAUUUGCCAGAGUUUACAAGUGCUGCCAUAUUAGAACUUCUUUCCAUUAAUGGAAAUUAUUACGUGAAGGUUUUGCACUACUUAGGUAUUCCGGCUGUGAUGGAGGAAUUGCAGAUUCCAAAUUGUUCUUCGCCAUGUCCAUUAGACACUUUCUUUGAGUUGAUAAAGAACGUAAUUCCAUCUGAUGAAGAACUGAAAUGUAGCUGAAAGAAACCAUUAUAAUUUUUUAGCUGAAUUCACAAG